AUGCUUCAGCCCAUCUAUGCAUUCCUGGGUGCUAACUCCCAAAAUCAAGGAAACUAUGGCAAGAAGAAGGGUCGCACGGACUGCUACAAGACGGUGAUGUGCCAGUCGUGGCUGGAGACGAGGAUCUGCCUGUUCAACGAGAAUUGCCGUUUUGCCCACGGCGAGGAGGAGCUUCGUCCGGCUGCGGUUUUGCCGAAAUCUGUCAACAAGUACAAAACCAAGUUGUGCGACAAGUAUACGACUACAGGCGUGUGUCCCUAUGGAAAAAGGUGUCUGUUUAUUCAUCCUGAGGCUGAGAAUGGCGACAUUGACGCAUAUAUUCGACCGGAUAAGCAAGCCGAAAUCGCCAACCGCCACGCCGAGGCCAACUACGCCACCCAGAUCCAUGGAGUACCGCAGCCGAAGCCUGGCAAGCAGAGCUACAUGCAGAAGCUUCGUGCUCCCAGCGGCAACCAACAGACGCCGCUGCGUGCCGGUGACGGCCGCUACGGCACGACUACUAGCCGUGGUCUGCGCCCCCACCCCUCGUGGCCCAUCGACCAGAAGCUGAAGGAACGCGCCGGCAGCCCGCCGAGUCUUCUCGACAUGGUCUUCGAUAACUCGUUCCCGCUGAAGACGGAGCCCGCCUUUGACUACAUCGGCCGAACCCCGAGCCCGGACCAAUGGGCUAGAAGCCGCGUCCUCAAGUCUACCCCAAGCUCUGGCUACGUCAGCGGCAAUUCGACGCCGGCUGAGCAGCAGCUAUUCGACUUCCCGACGGUGGGCUUCUCGCACUACUCGGGUGGUCUCUGCAACACCAUCGGCUCUACUCACUCAUCCAUGUCGUCGGUUAAUUCGAUCAGUGGCGACGGAUUCGAUCUGGAGGAUAUUAGUGGAGUCAACAUCGAUUUCGACUUCCUCCACGAUAGCUCCUUCAUCGAGGACGAUGGUUUCCUGGAGAAGAGCCUGGCCACCCCGAAGAAGCAUCUUAUGAGCGCGCAUCAGCUGUGCACCAUCCCCUUCUCGCCUAGCGACCUGCUUCGU